AUGGUUACAUAUUCAGGCGAUUUUUUUAUGGAUCAAGUUGUUUGGCUCAGUGAAAAAAAUUUUGUUGCUGGUCUUGUGGCUGGAUUUUUUGGAGGUUUGGCGCUUGGCUGGCUAUUUAGCUCAUCGUUGUUUGUUAGUAACAAAGUGAAAGCUGUUUCAAAUGCAUUUGAUUCUACUAAAGAUGAUCGUGAUGAUGAAAGAAGUUUCGAACCAGGUUGUUCCGAUACUGAAGGAGAAUAUAAAAUGGUACUCGUCGUAAGAAAUGAUCUUAAAAUGGGAAAAGGAAAAGUUGCAGCACAAUGUUCUCAUGCAACAUUGGGUUGUUUUCAAAAAGCGUGCGAACAAAAACCUGAUUCUGUGGAUACAUGGUUUACUUGUGGUCAAGCAAAAGUUGUCUGUAAAUGCGAAUCAGCUGAUGAUUUAGAACAAUUACGACUUCAAGCUAAACGUAAAGGUCUAACAACUUGUCUGAUACGAGAUGCAGGUCGAACGCAAAUUGAACCCGGUAGUAAGACAGUACUUGGUAUUGGUCCUGCACCUUCAAGACUGAUCAAUGAAAUCACUCGUCAUUUAAAGUUAUAUUGA